AUGGCCAAUACUGGCAAUCCCACUGAUUCGGCUUGUCGCUUCUCGACGCGCAUCUCCUUACGAUGGCUUCCGGAGCCUGCGCACGAAACGACCGAUACAAUCGUCAUGUCUGUCAAGGACUGGUACCUCGAUUUGCGAAUGGACAAGCAAACCGGUGAAAUUGACUGGGCAAUUGCCGGUCAACGAAUCAUUGAAAGCCAAGAACCUCUGCGUGUAUCUUUCACCCACGAACUCGACUCUCACGAUGCUUUUGAAAGUGUCGACUGUGGUACAUUCGUCACUCUCCCGAAUGGCGACGACCUCGAGACGGGAUCUAUGCCUCGUCCUGAUCUGCCCGGUGCGCCCGAGACGGAAUACGAGGAGGUAUGGCGAGAGCUAUCAUUCAAGGAAGACGCCGAAGGACCUGGAAAAGGGAUGUCAUGGGUUCUGGAGUCGGAUGAUGGCGAGCUAGAAGGGGAGGGCGAGGUUACUGUAGUUAAGACCUUUCUUGGCCGACUGUGGGGGACAUAUAUGGCACUGCAACAGACCCAGACCCAUACUCGACAAAGGAAUUCGUCGGGAGAGUGGGUUGUGAAGAAGACGGGGGCUGAUGUUAGUGCUAGGAGGGAGGAAUGGAGCUCAGCGUGGGAGGAUCGGUAUGUGGUUGGAUCGGCUGGAGGGAUGCUGCCUUCGAUGAAAAAUGGUCUUGAAGGUGAAGGGCAAGGGUCGUGGAGAGUACCUGGGGAGAAAGUGAGCGUCGAAGGCCGGACCUAUAUUGUUCGAGCAUUUGAGGAAAUCUAG